AUGCUAGAGAAGUUAGAAUUUAAAAUUUUCAAAAAAAUUAUAAAGCAUUUGCUUAUCAUUUACUUCUGUGCUGGUUUAUUAUUCCUCUCACCGACGUAUAUUAAUAUAAUAAUAAUGGUAAUGAUAAGAGAUGAUAAUAGUAGUAGUAGUAGUAGUAGUAGUAGUAGUAGUAGUAGUAGUAGUAGUAGUAGUAGUAGUAGUAGUAGUAGUAGUAGUAGUAGUAGUAGUAGUAGUAGUAGUAGUAGUAGUAGUAGUAGUAGUAGUAGUAGUAGUAGUAGUAGUAGUAGUAGUAGUAGUAGUAGUAGUAGUAGUAGUAGUAGUAGUAGUAGUAGUAGUAGUAGUAGUAGUAGUAGUAGUAGUAGUAGUAGUAGUAGUAGUAGUAGUAGUAGUAGUAGUAGUAGUAGUAGUAGUAGUAGUAGUAGUAGUAGUAGUAGUAGUAGUAGUAGUAGAAGUAGUAGUAGUAGUAGUAGUAGUAGUAGUAGUAGUAGUAGUAGUAGUAGUAGUAGUUAUUAUUAUUAUUAUUCUUCCAUUAUAAAUCAGAAUUCCAGCCCAGAAUCAAACAACUAUUUAAACUAUUCAAUUUAA